GAUGGAGAAAUACUGAAUAUAAGUAGCGAGAUGAAACUCCAGUUAGCAAAUUCGUCAGUACUCCUUGAUGUCCAAAUACCACUGAGAAAUGACAGUUCUUCAACUAGUCCUACUAUGAUGCUGGCAUUUGAGUACAAAUCAGGCUUGUCUGUUGGAAUCGAAGUGCAAUUUAGUGAGAAGAUAGGAAGACUAUACCUUAACACAUUGCUCACACCGACCAUGAGCUUUGUCGAAAAAACGGAGGGUCUCUGUGGCUUCAUGGAUGAUGAUCCGAACAAUGAUUUUGUGGGGUUGAAUGGCGCCCUCUAUCAUCAUAAUAAUGUAACGGACUUCGUCGAAACAUGGAAAAUUGAGAGCUCAAAUGCUAAUGGUAGUUUAUAUGAUUCUUGGUCAUGGAAUUCUUCUAAUUUUCAUGUGGAUGAUGUGCUGGAUGAUUCAUAUACCAGGAAUUACGAACCUAUCUACAGUACAAAUGAUAUACAACAAGACAUUGUGAAGGUAAUACAUUGCAUGUUUUGGCCAUCGUGCUGUCCCUACCAGUGUUCUGGCCGAGGAACUUGUGUCAACAACACGUGUGAAUGUUUGCCUGGGUGGUCUGGUGAAGACUGUAGAAAUGGUUCAUGCAUUUCGAAUUGCAUAAAUGGCGAGUGUGUAUCCGGUUUCUGUCGAUGUAAUGUAGGUUGGGAAGGAGAUACAUGUGAAGAUUUUGCCACUUGUUUCGGCGUUAAUAAUUGUACUGAUGAAGAACAUGGCAUGUGUCUUGAAACAAAUAUCUGUUUAUGUAACAAAGGAUUUACAGGUGACGACUGCAGCGUCAUUCCAACUUGUCAUGGAGUCGCCAAUUGCUCAGGUAACGGUAUCUGCGUGGACGUAGAUGUUUGUGACUGCUACGACCAAUGGAAGUCUGCCACAUGCGACACAUUGUCCUGUCACAACGUUGAUGGCUGUUCUGGGGAAAAUUCAGAGCAUUUAAAGCGUCUUGGUUCUUUUCCACCUUUCCAUGAGGGAUAUGAUUUCAACCGAGCACCACAAAUCCGACAUAAUAAAUUUAAAUUAGUUUUGUGUUUAUCCAUGAAAAAUAAAGUGGUGUCAGAAACUAAUGGCUACCAGAACAACUUGCAAAGGGAAUAA